UUUAAACAUGUCUAAACAAACUCGCGCGGGAAGAAUAUUUGCUGGUAAAAGAGCAAAUAUUGGAGACAAGCCAUACGAAUGUGAUUUUUGUAAGAAGAGAUUUAGACGACCAGAUAAUCUCGAAAACCAUGUGAGAAAACAUACUGGAGAGAAACCUUAUAGAUGCUGUCUUUGUAACAAAGGAUACAAAGAUCAAGCUGGCUUAUCUUAUCAUCUGAGAACCCACAAUGGAGAAAAGCCAUUCGAAUGUGAUAUUUGUAACAAAAGAUAUACACAUUCCAGGAGUCUUCUAGUGCAUAAGAGAAAACACACUGGAGAGAAACCUCAUGCAUGUGAUCUUUGUGAGAAAAGAUAUGGAAAUCUACCAAGCUUAAUAUAUCAUGUGAAAACACACACUGGAGAGAAACCGUAUGAAUGUCCUGUUUGUAAGAAAAGAUUUUCAAAGAAAAGCAACCUUGUAGUGCAUAAGAGAACACAUAAUGAAGAGAAACCUUAUGAGUGUGAUGUUUGUAGCAAGAGAUUCAAAAAUACUAGCAGUGUGGUUUAUCACAUGAGAAAACACACAGGGAGGGAUCUUUAUGAAUGUGAUGUUUGUAAUAAAGGAUUUGCAUAUCCGAAUACCUUUGUGCGUCACAAGAAGACACAGCGCCAUAAAAAGAGAUCUUAUGAGUGCAAUGUUUCUAACAAGACAUUUGCACAAUCUAACACCCUUGCAGACCAUCAUGGAGAAACACACACUCAAGAGAAACGUUCUGAAUCUAUUUCUCCAAAAAAGAAUGCAGAUGAAAUUGGGCUAAUGAAACAUAAAAACAAGCAUUUGAUGUGCAAGAGCUGCAACAAGGAGAUUUUUCAACCACAAGAUUUGCUGGAACAUUUUGUAGAAGAUGAAAUUACUGGAAAGUUUAUUUGUAAUAUUUGUAAACAACAACAUCAAAAUUUCAGGCAAUUAGUGUCACAUAUAGCAAAGGAGCAUGGCAAGGAUUGGAAAUUUAAAUGUGCUCUUUGUCAAGAACUGGAAUCAACAGAACCAACUGGUGUUGGAUACAUUUGUUGUGUCUGUGAUGUUGUGUUUGAUGUUCCCAGAGAACUUGAAGAUCAUAUGAUUGCCCAGCAUUCAUGAAAGAGAGUGGUCUGAUUUUUUGUUGUUUAUGUAGCUGAUUUUUUAUGUAGAUAAAUAAAAUUUCUUUGAAGCAAGGAAUGUUGUUAAGUGCAAGCUCAGGAUUGAGCCCUGCAUGGCAGCAGUAAUCACGAACAGGGAAAAAGGGAUCAAUUUCAAUUUUCUUGCCUAAAAAUGAGCAAUGCCUCCCACAGGUACCAGAAGCAGUUUAAUGCAGUAGCUGCAGGGGCAGAAUUUCACAAAUGUCACUUUACAAACUACACAGAGAAAGCUCAAACCUAAAAGU